AUGGACAACCUAUGGGGCAUUUUUGAAGGCGAUAGCCCAUUGCUACAAUCUUUUGGCAAAUAUGGAUACAAAAUUUACGAUGACUUCGACCUGAUUCAAAUGCACUUUCAUCUCAUCGCUGCCGCUCUAUUCCCAAUCUUCAUCGGCGCUCAUUCUUCUCUUAGGCGGCCACCUUCUGCGACAAAGGGGACUAAAGAUGCAGCUGAGCAAGCGGACGAGGAUGAUGAUAUCGCACAGGAACCGACUGUUGAAGGCCUUACACCUUCUGAUGCGAUUCUGUUCCCAAUUCUCGCUGGUGUAACACUAGCAGGGUUGUAUUUUAUCAUCAAGUGGCUAGAGGAUCCAGCGAUAUUGAACAAGAUUCUGACUUGGUAUUUCUCGAUUCUGGGAGUGUUUGGGGUUGGAAAGUUGCUUGCGGACUCAUUCAAUGUUAUCACCACGUUCGUCUUUCCAAGUGUCUGGUCGACCCAGACUGAAAAAUACGAGUUUGAUUCAGCAGCCCAGAAACAAGUCAAAGUGGAGUCAAAUGGGCCAGGUCACAGUAGUCAUGUCGAUAAGUCGAAUCCAUUACCAGGUGUCUUAUCAAAACUACCAUUGCCGCAAGCUAUGAGGAAGACACUAUGGAGUCUCCGGGCAUUGUUAAGAAAUCACUGGAUAUUUCGUGCACAUGUCCAUGGCAUCUUCUCGGCAAAGACGAAGACUACAUUGAAUGAUGUGGUUGGUAUGAUGUUAGGUUUGGCAGCUGUGCUUGUAUACAACUUCAAUGGAAAGGCAUGGUGGUUGACGAAUCUUAUGGGAUUUGCAUUUUCCUAUGGCACGCUGCAACUGCUUUCACCAACAACUUUCUGGACCGGCUCCAUUGUUCUAGCUGGACUUUUUGUUUAUGACAUCGUCAUGGUUUUCUAUACUCCCCUCAUGGUCACUGUGGCUACUUCUCUAGAGGUACCUAUCAAGCUCGUCUUCCCGGGGCCAAAGAGAGGAUCUAUGCUUGGGCUAGGUGAUGUAGUACUUCCAGGGAUUAUGAUGGCGUUAGCCCUACGAUUCGAUCUAUACCUUUACUACCUCCGCCAAAACAAAUCAUCAGCGGCUACACCUGGCCAGAAAUCGAAAGCUCCAGUCUAUGUCCAGUCUACUGGAGUCUGGGGCGAACGAUUUUGGACGUCGUCUGCAUCAAACGCACCCAAGACAAUCGCCGACGGAGGACGCUUCCCUAAAAUCUACUUCACUGCGAGUGUUAUCGGUUAUUGCGUGGGCAUGAUAGCUACGCUGGUCGUAUUGCGGGUUUUCAACCACGCCCAGCCUGCUUUACUUUAUCUUGUACCUGGAGUGCUGGUUUCCUUGUGGGGUACUGCUGCUGUGAGAGGCGAGAUCAAUUUGAUGUGGGGUUAUACUGAGGAUGGAAGUAUAGACGUAGAGACAACCGAUGCUGAUGAGAAGAAAGAAAAGACGACCAAAGGUCAGGCGAAGGAUGGUGCUGGUACGGAGUCGUCGAAGGCCGAGGCAGAGAAGGAAAGUGCCAGCAAGAAAAUCAAGGCAAAGGAGAAGGAUGGCGAACACGCACAUCAUGUUUUUCUUUUCUCCUUGUCUGAGCCGAAGUCAAGGAAGGCUUCGGAUUUAGAGACGCUCGAGUCGUGA